AUGACCUUGGCCUUCACGCCACUCCCAGCCUUCACGGCUCCCAGCCUUCACGCGCCUCACAACCCCCAACCUCACAGCCUCCGAGCUUCACGGCGCCCCCAGCCUUCACCGCCUCGCGGUCCUCUCCAGCAUUCACAGCCCUCACGGCCCCCCCAAGCCUCACAGCCCCUUGAUCCUUCACGGCCCCCCAGCCUUCACAGCCCCCCAGCCUCACAGCCUCCCAGCCCUUCACAGCCCCCCAGCCUAACAUCUCACAGGCCACUCCAGCGUAUCACAGCUCUCCCAGCUUCACGCCCCCCCAACCUUACAGCCCCCCAGCCUCACAGCCUCCCAGGUUUCACAACCCCCCAGCAUUCACAGCCCCUCACAGCCCCUCCGGCUGUCACAGCGGAACCUCCAGCCCUCACAACCUCACAGCCCCCCAGCUUCACAGCCUCACAGCCCCCCAAUCUCACAGCCGCCCGCAACCUCACAGCCCAUCCAACCUCACAGCCCUCCAACCUCACAGCCCUCCAACCUCACGCCUCGUCCAACAAACUUUUCCCAAAACUCAAGCCCCCCCCACAUCUCAACAGCGCACAAUCCACAGCACCCCCAACCUCACAGCCCCCCCAACCUCACAGACCCUUCCAACCUCACAGCCCUCCAACCUACAGCCCCUCCAACCUCACAGCCCUCCACCCUCACAGCCUCCAACCUCACGCCCUCCACCUCACAGCCCCCCAAAUCUCACCAGCCCUCCAAACCUCACAGCCCUCCAACCUCACAGCCCCCCAACUCACAGCCUCCCCCAACCUCACAGCCCCCCAACCUCACAGCCCUCCAACCUCACAGCCUCCCAGCUUCACAGCUUCACAGCCUCACAACCCCCCAACCUCACAGCCUCACAGCCUCACACUGCAAGGCUCAUUCUGCAAGGCUCAUUCUAUCUCUAAUGUAGACAUACUGUAG